GCUUGUGUUUUGACUACUGCGCAGCAGGUGCCUCCUUUCAGCACUGUGGCUCUGAGUCCGUGUCUCCCGAGCGGUCAUCCUGCAUGCCUCCGGUCAGCAGCUGGAAAUGACAAUGGCUCACCAAGGGUGACGAGUGACGCGGUUGGGCCGGAGGACACCCCCAGGCGGUGCCAGUUUGUCUGGGUGACUCGCUCCUCCCACAGCGCUGGUGAAAGGCGGCAUAGCCCACGUUCACCCAGGACUUUGGUACUCAUCCUCAAGCCCGGGAAGAUCACCGGCUGGUGCAGAGGAGGGACCCACAACCGGCCCAGGAGCUGUCGCCGAGCCAGAUCCCGAACCCGGAAGUCGCGCGCUGCCGCCGCUCGCUCCGACCAUGAGCGGCUCCCUGAGGCCGGGCCCAAGCACUCUGCGGCGGGCAGCCUCCGUCAUGCUGGUGGCCGGCUGGACGCGCCCGAGCGCCGCUGCCCGGUCCCCGCCGCCCGCCGAGGGCUUCCGGCUGCUGCUGCUGCAGCGCGCCUCUAGCCAAGGUUUCAUGCCCAGCGCGCACGUCUUCCCGGGCGGCAGGCUGGACGCGGCCGACCGCUCGUCCGACUGGCUGCGCCUCUUCGCACCGCACCAAGGGCCGCCGCGCUUCGGCCUGGGUCCGGACUUGGUAGGGCGCGCGUCCUUCCCGGCGGUGCCCGACGUCCGGCCCGACGGGGACCCCGCGGCGCUGCCGGAUGACGUGGCCUUGCGCAUUUGCGCCAUCCGUGAGGCCUUCGAAGAGGCCGGCGUGCUACUGCUGCGGCCCAGGGGCCCUCGACCGAACCAAGGUUCCGAGGCUCUGAAGCCGGGCCGCUCUCUCGAGCCGCCGUCGGGCCUGGCCGAUUGGCGCGCCAGCGUCCGUAGUGACGCGCGCCAAUUCCUGCACCUGUGCGCGCACCUGGACUGCACGCCGGACAUCUGGGCUUUGCACGACUGGAGUGUGUGGAUCACGCCACACUCGCUCCAAUACCGCCGCCGCUUCGACACCGCGUUCUACUUAUGCUGUCUGAGCGAGCCGCCGCUUGUCUGCCCCGACCGGUCUGAGGUGGUGCACUCCCAGUGGUCAUCUCCUUCAGAGGCAACCAGAAGUUUCAUUUCGAAGGAAAUUUGGUUGGCACCCCCACAGUUCUACGAACUAAAGAGACUUGAAAACUUUUCCUCUGUGUCUGACUUGCACACCUUCUGUUUGGACCGUGCCUCGGAAGGAGUGGAAAGAUGGCUGCCAAUCAUGUUAUCCACUGCUGAUGGGAGCAUCGAGCUUUUACCGGGAGAUGAGCUCUACUCGGAAGAUUCAGACCUUUUAGAAAGAGUUUUGUCUACUGAAAAAACAACAGAAGAGGUCAUGAAGGAAGGCAGGAAAUUGCACCGGAUAGUGAUAUACGACCCCCAUCUUUAUCAUAUCCACGUAAAUAUCCCGUCAAAGUACAAACAUGUUUAUCCUAAGAACUCCGUGGCAAGUAAGAGCCAUUUGUAAGGUGCUGAUGCUACUGUUCGUGGUCAUGAAUAAUGAGAGUUGAUUCAACUUACUCAAAACAUAAGGAAAUUGGUUACCUGUCAAAGUUACGAUGCACUGUGUCUUCCAUCAAGCUCUCUGGCUUAUUUUAUCCUCUAAAGCUUAUAGUAUGUCACGAAUAUAAAGCUUAUACAGUAUUAAUGAUCUUACUACCCAAACACGAAUACCAUGAGCAGCUUCUUGUAUCAGAAGUUUCAAUCAGGUGCUCACUGCCAGUGUUCCGUUGAUCCACUGAAUUCCACUUCCUUUCGCAAGGUGCCUUGGGAACUCCGGGUGACCCAUGAGUUUCUUAACUUUCUGCUGGAAUUAAUUAAAGAAUGUUGAGUUAGAUGGUGAAUCGCAGACUGUGACAGCCUCCAGAUGAUCAUGCGGCUGUAUUUUAUCUUGAUUAACAUACAGUUAUUUACAAAAACCAAUAGCAUUCGUUAUUGUAUUUCCCAAUUUGUACAUCUGUUUUAAUAUUUUAAAGAAAUAGGAAGUCGUAAUAAAAGCCAUUGCUACUUUUACUGCAGAGCGGUAGUUAUGCAAAGAGGGUUAGAGACAUGUGGUGUUUUAAUUAAUGAGUUUUAUUUUUUGGUACAUUUAAUGUAAAUAUUUUUCCACCUCUUUUAAAGAAAAGUGUUUACUGAUUAAAGGUGGUUAAGGCUCAUUCUUUUUCAAAAUCCUUUACUAAGUCCUAUAGUUGAUUUCAUUUUUUUUCAUGUAAUGUCUUUGUUCUCUACCAAUAACAUAAACACGAUGAUAAAUACAAGUAAAGUGUGUGUGGUUUUUUAUCCUUAUUAGAGGAAGUAGUUUUCUGCCCUGGGCGCUUUGCUUUCAGAGAAUAUUUACCUCUACCCAGAACUUGUGGUGGUCCCAGUUGGUGGGGAGAGAAAUCUGCUGCUGCCAUUUGGUUGGGGGAUGCCAUGGGUACUGUGAAAUAACCCACGAUGUGAGGAAUAGGCACCCAAUACAGAGUUGUCUGUCCCAGAGUGAGAACACCACUCUUAAGUCAAAUCAGUCUCUCUCCCUGUCUCUCUUGCUUGCUGAUGAAUAGUUACAACAUAUAAAUUGUGAGAACUACAGAUAUGAUUCCAGUUGACUUCUGAAUCUACACAAAUUCUUCCUGACUUUUGGGUUUGAGCUCUUUUCACUCCCACAGGGUGCUAGAAUGUGACAGCUGGAAAGGACCCCUCGGUGUCCUCCGUGGUUUUGUCAGUGAGGACUCUGGAAUCAGACCCACUUCAUUCCCCAGGGCCACAGCCAAGAGUAGAACCUGCUGCUAGUGCCGCAUCCCUUCACUGGUUACUCUGGCCCAGUGCUGGUUCAGAUGUCCUGAUAGUUAGGUGACUGGUUUUUCUUCUUAGGAAAGAUACAGCUUUGUUGUUGUUCAUCUCUGCUUCAUCCCAGGGCUAUGAGCAAGAAACUGGAAUUUUAAGUGGAUCCCAGGAUUCAAACCCAGAACUCUGAUAUGGAAUACAUUAAACUAUGUCUUAUUUGCUGCUACACCAAGUAUCUAACCCAAUAGUACAACUUCUGAAAAAAAAAAAAAAAGCUUCCCACUAACAUCAGGGUUGGGAGUUGGGCAUGGAGGUGGGUUCUAGAUGCAGAUACUGAAUUCCUUCAUUCUCAGGGGACUACUUGGCUGACUGCAGUCUCAUCUUGACUACUCACAGGAUAGAAACCAGCCCAUACAAUCACACCCUACUAGACAUAUGUCCAUUUCCAGCUCCAAACCAAUCAGGAUC